CAGCCUGCAGGUGUAGACAGCAGAGCACACACACACACACACAGCACCGCCGAGCACCACCCUGCUGUCAGCCUGCACAGAAGACACAUCUCGGAGGCAUUGCAGGAGACCGAGAGGAAGAUGAACUGGGGUUUCCUGGAAAACGUCCUCAGCGGGGUCAACAAAUACUCGACUGUGAUUGGUCGGAUCUGGCUCUCCGUGGUCUUCCUCUUCAGGAUCCUGGUGUACGUGGCGGCGGCCGAGCAGGUGUGGAAGGAUGAGCAGAAGGAUUUUUUGUGCAACACCCGUCAGCCCGGCUGUGAGAACGCCUGCUUCGACCACUUCUUCCCCAUCUCUCAGAUUCGUCUGUGGGCCCUGCAGCUCAUCCUGGUGUCCACGCCGUCCCUGCUGGUGGCGCUGCACGUGGCCUACAGAGAGCAUCGGGAGGCCAAAUACAAAAAGAAGCUGUACAAAGACAAAGUUAGCAUGGAUGGAGGUUUGUUCUGCACCUACAUCCUCAGCCUGGUCUUUAAGACGACCUUCGAGGUGGGAUCUCUGCUCGCCUUCUACUUCCUGUACAACGGCUUUGAGGUUCCCAUCAUGCUCCAGUGCAGCGAGAGUCCCUGCCCCAACACGGUGGACUGCUUCAUCGGCAAAGCCACAGAGAAGAAGAUCUUCCUCUACAUCAUGGGCUGCACCUCCAUCCUGUGCAUCGUCCUGAACUUCGUGGAGCUCAUGUACAUUGUGUGGAAGCGGGUGUGGAAAUGUUUCACCAGGAAAUACAUCCCCGUGGAGGAGAAGGCGUCACUUUACAGCCGGCCACCUGUUUACACUGUCAACAAGUUUGUCAUCACACAGCCGACACACACAGCUGAGAACCAGACAGUCCAGUCCUGAAGAGCUCAUGUUUCCACCUCAGAGUGAAACCACAGAGACAGCUUUGAUUAUCUAAAAAUACAACAUGGACGAUGCUCAAAAGUCUAUUCAGAGCCUGUGCUUAAAAAAACAUCCACUGUACUAAGGUGAGACAACCUAUGGUACCUUUUUUAUGUUUUUAUUUUACAGUAAGCAGACUAGGGCUGUGUGUUUUCUAAGUAGUUUAUCAGCAGUAAUUGAGGGGAAAACAGCUUCAGUUGACAGCAUUUUUUGACGUCUCUAACUCUUUAUAUUAAAUAAACAUCUUUAUUUCCUGAGACUAUUUUUCUCAAAGCAAAAUGUAGCUAGUUUAAGACCAUUUGUUUCUAACCGUGCAGCUUUUCAGGACUACAUUUGACCCAAUAGCAGCCCAUGAAAACUAACAACACAAAACACUUCAAUGAGUUGAAAAUGUGACGCUUAGCCAAUCAAAUCUCUGCAUUCAAAAGGAUAUAAAGGAUUUCCCCUGAGUCAUUUGGUAGCCCUGAUUUUUUUCUUUCAGUGGGAAAACUGAUAUUGUCAAAAACACACUACAGCACUUAUUGGUAUGUGUGUAUGAUGCAUGUAAAGAUAUAUAUAUAUUUUUUAAAGUUUAUCCUUAACCAUGUAAAGGGAGACUUUCUGUUCAGAAUUGUGAAAGCUUGCAUGUUAUAUCAUUUAUACUGUUCCUAAUGUAUAUAGAUGUAUUUUGCUUGUGAACACCCAAAUAUAUAAUAAAUUAUUAGUAUAUAAAACUUGAAUUA